GCCUGUGACUUCAGUUAAGCACGUGGGACCAAUGUCAAACGAUUUUACUCGUUUAUAGCAGUAUUAUUCCAUAUUCAAAGAUGAAACUAAAAAAAUAAAACUAGAUAUAUGUAGUAUUUGUCUCUUUCAUAGUAGUAUAUCUUGCAAAAAAACAGCAUAAAGAAUACAUUGAAGAAGAAGGAGGAAUUCAGGAAAAAGGGUUAAUUAGUAUCAAAUGGAAGGCGGCAUCCAUGAAAAUCUGCUAGAAGACGAGGCAAAGUCGUCGUUUUUGAAGAAUAAGAUAUGGAAUGAGACCAAAAGGCUGUGGGUUGUUGCAGGUCCAGCUAUCUUAAUACCAUUCUCAACAUUUGGAAUCCAUGUAAUCAGCCAAGCUUUUAUAGGCCAUUUUAGCUCCAUGCAGCUUGCUGCAUACGCCCUCGUCUUCACUGUGAUCUUCCGGAUUGUCCUUGGUGUGCAGCUUGGCAUGGUUAACGGGGUUGGAACGCUGUGUGGGCAAGCGUUUGGCGCCAAACAGUAUCACAAGCUAGGCGUGUAUCUUCAGCAAUCAUGCAUCAUAUUGCUCGUUGCCUCAGCCCUUUUGACGCCAAUGUUUAUAUUUGCUGCCCCGAUUUUGAAAACAUUAGGCCAGGAUCACGAGAUUGCUGAUGUGGCAGGGGAUUUUGCUCUGUGGUUCGUUGCUGUCUCGUUCUUGUACGCUGUGCUGUAUAGCUGCAACUCGUUCCUGCAGUCACAGAGCAAGAACUUUGUUCUGUCGUUCUUUGCAGUGGUGUCGUUGCUAGCACACAUCUUCUUCUCGUGGCUUUUGUCUGUGAAGUUGGGGUUUGGUGUUACUGGUGUGAUGGUGUCUACUGUUUUGUCGUAUGUGAUACCGAAUGUAGGCCAGAUCGUGUACAUCACGAGUGGUGGUUGUAGAGAGACGUGGAAGGGGUUUACGGCCUUGGCAUUCGAGGAUCUUGGACGUACAAUCAAGCUUUCUGUAUCAUCUGGUGUGAUGAUCUGCCUAGAGUUCUGCUACAACACUGUGCUAAUUCUUCUGGCUGGAAAUAUGGGUAAUGCAGAGGUCACAAUUGAUGCUCUUUCUAUCUGUCUUAACAUCAGCGGAUGGGCUCUGAUGAUAGCAUUUGGGUUCAUGGCAGCAGCGAGUGUUCGUGUGUCAAACGAGCUGGGAAGGAGGGAUGCGAAGGCAGUAAAGUUCUCGAUUUUGAUGGCGGUUGGAACAUCAUUCAGCAUCGGUUUAGUGUUGUUUGUGUGUUUCUUGGUGUAUGGGGAGAAUGCAGCGUACGUGUUCACCAAUAGUGAGGAAGUGGCUGGGGCAGUUGCUCAUCUGUCUCCUCUGCUCGCGUUUACUCUGCUGCUAAACAGCGUUCAGCCGGUUCUCUCAGGUGUGGCUAAUGGAGCUGGGCAACAAGGCAUUGUGGCAUAUGUGAAUCUGGCUUCAUAUUACUUGAUUGGUUUGCCUCUGGGAGUCAUUCUUGGCUAUGUCUUGAAGCUGCAAGUUGUGGGUGUGUGGGUAGGGAUAAUAAUGGGAACUGCUGUCCAAACUACUAUACUUGUUUGGAUGACUUGCAUCACAGAUUGGGAUAAACAGAUUUCGCUUGCUCAGAAACGGAUCACCCCCAUCCAUAUCUCUGCAAAAUGAAACGGAGGAAAUAGAAAAAAGCAAAAAGGGUUGGUGCUGUAGUAAAUAAAAUAAAUCCCUAUAUGCAUGUUUAAUUUGCAACAAAUAUUUUUAGGGCCUCGUUCAUAACAACAGAGUACUACUAUCCAAUUAUUUUCUUUUAAAUUUGCUUUCCUUCUAAAUUGAGUAUUUGGAGAUUUACUUUGAGGUUGUAUCAUGAUUUUUUUUAAAUUAAUGUAUACUUUGAUCUUUGAUGGAAUAGUAAAUCUUUUUGUGAAUA